AUCAAGAAGAAGAGUUAUGUGUACACUUUUGUGUCGCUCUUUUUGGCCAAUUUAAGAACCGAAACAGCAUUAGUAACGGGACAGAUUAGGGCUUAUCGCUUGCCAACGAAGUUCGCCAGCGCACAUUCGUGUUCUGGGAUCCAGCGGAAACGCGUCUUCAGCCAGUCGUCGUCGCCAACAGUCAGCGGAGAUGGCACGCCCAAUUUUUCCGAACCAGCAGAAGAUAGCUGAGAAACUAAUCAUCUUGAACGACCGCGGACUGGGCAUUCUGACGCGGAUAUACAACAUCAAGAAGGCCUGCGGCGACACCAAGUCGAAGCCGGGCUUCCUCUCCGAGAAGUCGCUGGAGUCGAGCAUCAAGUUCAUUGUGAAGCGAUUCCCCAACAUCGACGUCAAGGGCCUGAAUGCCAUCGUGAACAUCAAGGCGGAGAUCAUAAAGUCGCUGUCGCUGUACUACCACACAUUCGUCGACCUGCUGGACUUCAAGGACAAUGUCUGCGAACUGCUCACCACGAUGGACGCCUGCCAGAUCCAUCUGGACAUCACGCUGAACUUCGAGCUGACCAAGUACUAUCUGGACUUGGUGGUGACCUACGUGUCCCUGAUGAUCGUCCUCUCCAGGGUGGAGGACCGCAAGGCGGUGCUGGGCCUGUACAAUGCCGCCUACGAGCUGCAGAACAACCAGGCCGACACGGGCUUCCCUCGCCUCGGCCAGAUGAUCCUCGACUACGAGGUUCCCCUCAAGAAGCUGGCCGAGGAGUUCAUACCCCACCAGCGCCUGCUGACGAGUGCGCUGCGCUCGCUGACCUCCAUCUACGCGCUGCGGAAUCUGCCCGCCGACAAGUGGAGGGAGAUGCAGAAGCUGAGUCUGGUGGGCAAUCCCGCCAUUCUCCUCAAGGCCGUGCGCACGGACACCAUGUCCUGCGAGUACAUCUCGCUGGAGGCCAUGGACCGCUGGAUAAUCUUCGGCCUGCUGCUCAACCACCAAAUGCUCGGCCAGUACCCGGAGGUCAACAAGAUCUGGCUGUCUGCCUUGGAAUCCAGUUGGGUGGUGGCUCUGUUCCGCGACGAGGUGCUGCAAAUCCACCAGUACAUCCAGGCCACCUUCGACGGAAUCAAGGGCUACAGCAAGCGGAUCGGCGAGGUCAAGGAAACCUACAACACGGCGGUCCAAAAAGCCGCUUUGAUGCAUCGGGAGCGACGCAAGUUUCUGCGAACUGCCCUGAAGGAGCUGGCCCUAAUCAUGACGGACCAACCCGGUCUGCUCGGACCCAAAGCAAUAUUCAUUUUCAUCGGUCUUUGCCUGGCACGCGACGAGAUUCUUUGGCUCCUCAGGCAUAACGACAAUCCGCCGUUGCUCAAGAAUAAAGGAAAGAGCAAUGAGGAUCUGGUGGACCGGCAGCUGCCGGAGCUACUGUUCCACAUGGAGGAACUGCGCGCUCUGGUGCGUAAAUACAGCCAGGUGAUGCAGCGGUACUACGUGCAAUACUUGUCCGGCUUUGAUGCCACGGAUCUGAACAUUCGGAUGCAGAGCCUGCAAAUGUGUCCGGAAGACGAGAGCAUAAUCUUCAGCUCGCUCUACAACACAGCCGCAGGCCUGACUGUCAAGCAGGUGGAGGACAACGAGCUCUUUUACUUCCGACCAUUCCGCCUGGACUGGUUCCGCCUGCAGACGUACAUGAGUGUGGGCAAGGCUGCCCUUAGGAUCACAGAGCACGCGGAACUGGCCCGCCUGUUGGACUCGAUGGUGUUCCACACGCGAGUGGUCGACAAUUUGGACGAGAUACUGGUGGAGACGUCGGAUCUGAGCAUCUUCUGCUUCUACAACAAAAUGUUUGACGACCAGUUCCACAUGUGCUUGGAGUUCCCCGCCCAGAACCGCUAUAUUAUAGCCUUUCCAUUGAUCUGCAGCCACUUCCAGAACUGCACGCACGAAAUGUGCCCGGAGGAGCGCCAUCACAUUCGAGAGCGGUCGCUCAGCGUGGUGAACAUCUUCCUCGAGGAGAUGGCCAAAGAGGCUAAGAACAUCAUAACCACCAUUUGCGACGAGCAGUGCACCAUGGCCGACGCUCUUUUGCCAAAGCACUGUGCCAAGAUCCUGUCCGUCCAGUCGGCCCGCAAAAAGAAGGACAAAUCGAAGUCGAAGCAUUUCGACGACAUCCGAAAGCCCGGCGACGAGUCGUACCGAAAGACGCGGGAGGACCUCACCACGAUGGACAAGCUGCACAUGGCCCUGACGGAGCUCUGUUUCGCCAUCAACUAUUGCCCCACUGUCAACGUUUGGGAGUUUGCAUUCGCCCCACGCGAAUAUCUCUGCCAGAAUCUGGAGCACCGCUUCUCCCGGGAUCUUGUGGGCAUGGUGAUGUUCAACCAGGAGACAAUGGAGAUCGCCAAGCCGUCGGAGUUGCUGGCCAGCGUGCGAGCCUACAUGAAUGUGCUGCAGACCGUGGAGAACUACGUGCACAUAGACAUAACCCGAGUCUUCAACAACUGUUUGCUCCAGCAAACGCAGGCCUUGGACUCGCAUGGCGAGAAGACCAUUGCCGCUCUCUACAACACCUGGUACAGUGAGGUGCUGCUAAGGCGAGUGUCCGCCGGCAACAUAGUGUUUUCGAUCAACCAAAAGGCCUUUGUGCCCAUCUCGCCCGAGGGCUGGGUGCCGUUCAAUCCGCAGGAGUUCUCCGAUCUUAACGAACUGCGAGCCCUGGCCGAACUCGUGGGUCCCUACGGCAUUAAAACACUGAACGAGACCCUGAUGUGGCACAUAGCCAACCAGGUGCAGGAGCUGAAGUCGCUGGUCGGCACCAACAAGGAGGUGCUCAUCACUCUGCGCACCAGCUUCGACAAGCCCGAGGUGAUGAAGGAGCAGUUCAAGCGGCUGCAGGACGUGGACCGUGUGCUGCAGCGCAUGACGAUCAUAGGGGUGAUCAUCUGCUUCCGCAAUCUGGUGCACGAGGCUCUCGUCGAUGUGCUGGACAAGCGCAUACCCUUUCUGCUCAGCUCUGUGAAGGACUUUCAGGAGCAUCUGCCCGGAGGAGACCAGAUCCGUGUGGCCUCCGAAAUGGCCUCGGCAGCUGGGCUGCUCUGCAAGGUGGAUCCCACAUUGGCCAGUACGCUGAAGUCGAAGAAACCGGAGUUCGAUGAGGGUGAGCACCUCACGGCCUGUCUGCUGAUGGUCUUUGUGGCCGUCUCCAUUCCAAAACUGGCCCGCAACGAGAACUCCUUCUACCGGGCCACCAUCGAUGGCCACUCGAACAACACGCACUGCAUGGCGGCGGCCAUCAAUAACAUCUUCGGCGCGCUGUUCACCAUCUGCGGGCAGAGCGACAUGGAGGACCGCAUGAAGGAGUUUCUUGCCCUGGCCAGCUCUUCCCUGCUGCGUUUGGGUCAGGAGUCCGACAAGGAGGCGACCCGCAACCGAGAGUCCAUCUACUUGCUGCUCGACGAGAUCGUCAAGCAAUCGCCCUUCCUCACAAUGGAUCUGCUGGAGUCCUGCUUCCCCUACGUACUCAUACGCAACGCCUACCAUGGCGUCUACAAGCAGGAACAGAUAUUGGGGCUGGCACUCUAAGAGCUGUGUAUUCCGAACAUUGCUUACAUAGUUUAUCCGCCGAUCGACGACUGUCGAUCCUUAUGCUAAUCUAAUAUACUUUAAAACUGUUAAACAUACCCUAAUGUAUUCUAUUCUAGACACUGCAUUUUUAUACUCGUGCAACUUCGAAUAAAGUGCUUAUGUAAACCAAAA